ACCGGAAGUAGUGUGUUUGCACAAGUGCUGCCUUGACGGUGCUGCAGCCUUAAUAAGAGCAAGGUGGUAACGUGAGCUCAGACACGCAGGAUCAGCUCUCCGGUAAACUCCUCAUCUUCUCUUUUUUUUUUACUGUUGGAGUUCAGCUGUCAGUCAAACAUCACAUGACAAAGAGUGCAAAGUACUUAAUCUCGGCCUACCUGUCCUAUAAAAGCACAUUAUUCUGCUCUCUAAGAACUUUGAGCCCGUGACUCUCGGUGUCGGUAAAAUGCCUGUUAUCGAGCACGUAUCGGACUCGGACCUGGAGCGUUUGGCGUUGGAGCGGGUCGUCCCGGCCCUGCAGGCUCACGGCUUCUGCUAUGUGGACGGUCUCCUCGGGGAGUUGGCCGGGGACGUCGUGCUGGAUCAGGUGAAGGAGAUGCACCGCUCCGGAGCGCUGCAGGACGGCCGGCUGGCCGGUUCCGUCCCGGGCGUCCACCGGAGGAGCAUCCGCGGGGAUAAGAUCGCCUGGGUGAGCGGGUCGGAGCGCGGCUGCGAGGCCAUCAGCUUCCUGCUCAACCUGAUCGAUAAGCUGAUCUCCGUGUGCGCCAGCCGGCUCGGGAGCAAGAAGAUCCAGGAGAGAUCCAAGGCCAUGGUGGCGUGUUACCCGGGAAACGGGGCAGGUUAUGUCAAACACGUGGACAACCCAAACAGCGACGGACGCUGCAUCACCUGCAUCUACUACCUCAACAAGAACUGGAAUGCCAAGGAGCACGGCGGCAUCCUCAGGAUCUUUCCGGUGGGGAAAUCCUACGUGGCCGACAUCAAGCCGCUGUUCGACAGGCUGCUCCUCUUCUGGUCCGACCGCAGGAACCCACAUGAGGUGCAGCCCUCCUACUCCACCAGGUACGCCAUCACAGUUUGGUAUUUCGACUCUGAGGAGAGAGCCGAGGCUAAGAGACGCUUCAGAGAAGUGACAGCUUUGACGCUGCAGCAGGGCAGCAGCUCCAGCUGAUGAGGACGUCACCUGGUGUUGGACCCCGGUGUGCAGGAGAGGACAGCAGGAUUCCUCCCGACUCUGAAGGGGUUUUAACUCUUCAAUUUGCAUUCCCUCAUCGCGCUGGUCUGCGAGUGCUGCUGUAACCUGAAGCUGCUCUGGACUUCCUGCUUUACAUGACGUUUGUGCAAUACUCUCUGCUGAGAGCCGAGCUAACAGCGGACUGAACCUUAAAGCUUCGCCUUCAGCAUGCUUCAAUCUAGAGGACAGAUGAGAAAAAAAAGUCUUACAGACAGGAUGCUUAUAAAUACUUUGGAGUAAGAUGAAGACACAGGAGUGUUGUGUGUUUAAUCAUGGAGGAACAUUAUUGUUUACUAGUAAAAGAUGUCUAAAUGAGCCGGGACUCAUAACAUCGAGAUUUUGUGGAAAAUACUAAGCGAGAGAGGUGAAGUCAGAUCAGCAGUAGGUAUCAAACUCCUGUUCUGUGUCCAUCGAUACAUUUCAGUGAAAGAAAAGCUCUAUUUUGUAAAUUCAUCUAAUACUGGAAAGUUCAGAGCCCUCAAGGUAUUUUUACAACUGGUGAGCACCCAAGAUUAAAACUCACCGAUCGGGGCCGCUGUAACAAACAUGAAAUGUUGAAUUAUAUUCUCACUGAACUAAAAGCUCUCUAGUUUAUGCUAGCAACUUUUUAAAGUGUACAGCUUUUUACUAUAAUUAGCACCAAAUCGUUCUUUUGAGGAUGUUUCACAGGAAACUGACAAGAAUUCUUAACCUGACGUCCACUUUUUAACUUUUGUGAAACUUUCAACUCCAUCUGCUGAGGAAGACUGAGGUCGAACGUUCCAAAAAUGUACAUUUUGUUUUUGUCAAAUUACUGUUUAAGGUCAAGAAUGAACUAUUAGGCCCAAUUCUGUGAAAUGUAUUAAUUACAGAUGCAUAAAAUAAAGUGUUACCAAAAGGUUUUGUCACUCUGA